GGCGGGGGGGGGGGUUGGGGCGGAGGAGGGUCGAGGCCCCGGGCGCCACCGGCCGCAGUCGCGGAGCGAGCUCUGGAGGCAGCGCCCGCCAUGAGGGAGAUCGUGCACAUCCAGGCGGGCCAGUGCGGCAACCAGAUCGGCACCAAGUUCUGGGAAGUGAUCAGCGAUGAGCACGGCAUCGACCCGGCGGGAGGCUACGUGGGGGACUCGGCGCUGCAACUGGAGAGAAUCAACGUGUAUUACAAUGAGUCUUCCUCCCAGAAGUACGUGCCCAGGGCCGCCCUGGUGGACCUGGAGCCGGGCACCAUGGACAGUGUGCGGUCCGGGCCGUUCGGGCAGCUCUUCCGGCCGGACAACUUCAUCUUCGGACAAACUGGUGCCGGAAACAACUGGGCGAAGGGGCAUUACACGGAAGGAGCGGAGCUGGUGGACUCGGUGCUCGACGUGGUGAGGAAGGAGUGCGAGCACUGUGACUGCCUGCAGGGCUUCCAGCUGACCCACUCCCUGGGCGGGGGCACGGGGUCCGGCAUGGGCACGCUGCUCAUCAGCAAGAUCCGGGAGGAGUACCCGGACCGCAUCAUGAACACCUUCAGCGUGAUGCCCUCGCCCAAGGUGUCGGACACGGUGGUGGAGCCCUACAACGCCACGCUGUCCGUGCACCAGCUGGUGGAGAACACGGACGAGACCUACUGCAUCGACAACGAGGCCCUGUACGACAUCUGCUUCCGCACCCUCAAGCUGACCACCCCCACCUACGGCGACCUCAACCACCUGGUGUCGGCCACCAUGAGCGGGGUCACCACCUCGCUGCGCUUCCCGGGCCAGCUCAACGCCGACCUGCGCAAGCUGGCGGUGAACAUGGUGCCCUUCCCGCGCCUGCACUUCUUCAUGCCCGGCUUCGCCCCGCUGACGGCCAGGGGCAGCCAGCAGUACCGGGCCCUGACGGUGCCCGAACUGACUCAGCAGAUGUUCGAUGCCAAGAACAUGAUGGCGGCCUGUGACCCCAGACACGGCCGCUACCUGACCGUGGCCACCGUCUUCCGGGGCCCCAUGUCCAUGAAGGAGGUGGACGAGCAGAUGCUGGCCAUCCAGAACAAGAACAGCAGCUACUUCGUGGAGUGGAUCCCCAACAACGUCAAGGUGGCCGUGUGCGACAUACCACCGCGGGGCCUCAAGAUGGCCUCCACCUUCAUCGGCAACAGCACGGCCAUCCAGGAGCUGUUCAAGCGCAUCUCCGAGCAGUUUUCCGCCAUGUUCCGCCGCAAGGCCUUCCUGCACUGGUUCACGGGCGAGGGCAUGGAUGAGAUGGAGUUCACCGAGGCCGAGAGCAACAUGAACGACCUGGUGUCCGAGUACCAGCAGUACCAGGAAGCCACGGCCAACGACGGUGAGGAAGCGUUUGAAGACGACGAAGAGGAGAUCAACGAGUAGAGACGGGUCCCUGUCUCAGUUCAGACUUCCUUGCUUUAACUCGGAUGUGCCUUAACUCCAUUGGCUGUUCAGUGGUGCACUGGUCUAGAUAUAUAUGGGUGCAGGCCCUUCCCAAAGGCAAUGAAAUCGUCCUCUCGGUCAUCCGGAACAAAGGAAGUUCAUUAAAAUGGCAGAGAAGUGGCAGUCCUCCCCCAAUCAGAUCAGACGAGGAACAUUUCCUACUGGAGGACUUUAAAAGAACACACGUGGGCCAUCAGUAAAGGGCUAAGCGAAUAAACCUCACCUUCUAUUAAGCGUUCAACCAUGUCUGAGGAUCAGCAGGGAAGUUAGAAACAGUAUUUUUUUAAUCCUUUGUGAAACGAAGCUGUGCCGUGUUGCCUUAUUUUGAAUAUGCAAUAUUGAACCUUUGAAACAGUUUAUUCGUAAUAAAACACUAAAACUGUU